CAGAAAAUGCAGCAAGCCAAUCAGAUGAACCGUCUUCGGGGGAUAGGGAGUGAUACUGAUGGUGCUGGUUAUUUGCGCCGAAAGAUGCUCAGCGCUACAAAAAGUAGCUUGCCUGACGUGGUCAGCCCGUCAGAUUACGGCAACACUACUCUGGGCACAAAAUCAUUGGGGGCUACAUCAAACUUGAUAGAUAAGCGAAAGCCACUCCCACCACACAUUCACGCGCACCCACAUGCACACAGGAAACAGAAUUAUCGACACUCAGCAAUCGAAACGAGAAUGCGCAAUUCUCAAACUGAGAUGGUUGUUUACUUUGUCGUGUUACUCGCCACAAUAAUUGGUCUAUGGACAGUAUUGGACAUUUACGGCCGACGUACUGCUGUGCACUCAUUAAAUGGUAGUUACAUUGCAAUUCCCAAUGCUUCAUUGAAGGGUUUAAGAGACAGCUCGAGCCAGAACGGCGUUCCUGUCAACGUAAGUGGGCAACCUGGCUUUGAGCUAUGCAGUUCAUCAGCAUGCCUAGCCGAAGGUAGCUACGUGUCUCACCAGCUAAACUGGAACGUGAACCCAUGUGAAAGCAUGUACGAAUUCGUAUGCUCGAACAGCCCGACAAAGCCCGCUGAUGAAUUGCUACUGUCCGACAUGGAGACUUCGCUUCUGCGCAAACUUCGAGGUGCAUCUCCCGCAGAAACUCCUGCAACGAAACUCAUGCACGAUCUCUGGAAAGAGUGUCUGGAUCAAGAUACACGCAAUCGCCUAGGCUGGGGUCCCCUGAAGCACAUGUUCAAGGCUGCAUCACUGCCAGACUGGCCUUACCAGCAGUACACCACACAAGGAGAGCCUGCUGUAUGGCAGGCAGCAGCUCGCGCACUGCGUUAUUUCGGUUUGGCCACACUAGUUUUAUUAGAGCCCAGUGAACACCCUUUGUUGGGACGUAGCCCUCUGCUGGCCUUGGACAAGCCCGUGCUGCUACUGCGUCCCGGAAAUGACAGUUCCUGGUACUACGAUGCAGUUUCCUUGGCUCUAUCUUCAGUAGCUCGCAAGAAUGUCGCCAAACACUCCAUAGCCCUAGACCUGACAAACUUCGCGCGGCAGCUGGCAAGCGUUGUGCGGUCGCCCGGCGCCUCAGGAGACAUGGUCCGUGACGUCAAGCUCGAGCGUCUCCGCAGUGUGCCCCGUUACCGAGCGCUCCUGGUGGGCUUCUUGCAGAACGAGAGCCUCGUGAAUGACGACACAGAGCUGCUCUUGAGGGCCCCGGAGUACGCCAUCCGCCUUGGUUAUCUGUUGGACGACACGGCACCGCACGUGGUACUGAAUUACAUCGGCUUCCGCCUGCUCGUUCACGUAUCUCCGUUUGUCCCCGAGUCGCUGCGCAAGCUUGUGCCACUGCGCGCUCGACAACUGGGAUUAGGUGACCACGGACCAGGGCAGUUGGUGUGCCUACGUGCCGUUGAGCACGCUAUGCCGACCGUUUUCUACCGGGCCGCGUACGAAUUGCACCGGCCGCUGAUGGACGCACUGCUUGCGGCUGACUUGGGCGGCGCGCUGAAGCAGGCGUUAGCAUCAAGGCUGGCACUCCUACACUGGCUGGACGGCGACACACGUGAACGGGCUCUACAGAGACUUCACCAGCUCGAGCCGCGACUGCUGUUCCCAACUUCAGUGACCGACACGGCGAAGGCAGAACAAGACGUGCGCCAGACGCCCCACGUCAUCGUGGGCGAGGGACUGCGCUCGUACGCGCGCAUUACCAAGCACCUGAUGCAUCGCCGGCUGCAGAGCGCCGACCCGUGGCUCGGCCAUCCACCUUCGGACGACCAGUGUUGGCUAGGUCCCGGCCACCGCAUCCUCUACUUACCACUGACGGCGCUCAAUGCGAGUGCGCCGGCUCAGGAGCCCUUCGUGUUGUUGCAAUUGGCGCGGCUGGGUGAACGUGCAGCGCGCUGCCUUGUACGCCUGGUCUUGGACGGAGCCGGGAGCCGUGCCGAGGACCCACGCGCAUGGUGGACGCCCGCGGCACGCCAGGGCCUCGCGGAGCUGCGCAAGUGCUACGCGCUGCAAAGCCGCGGCGACCGGCCCACUGCUGCGGAGGAGAGCGCCGCCCUGGUCGUGGCGCACGCGGCCUUUGAGGCUCACAUGCCGUCGCUGGACUUCCGACUCGAGAACGCGGUCUCCAUGUCCCUUGACCAACUCUUCUUCAUCCACUACACGCUCGGAUACUGCACUGCUGACUCCGAUGUGGCUCGACGCGUCAAUUUGGCCCUGCUCAACUUCGGUGGCUUCCAGCGAGCGUUCACUUGCGACGCUGGCACUCCGAUGAACCCACGCAAGAGUUGUGACUUCUGGUGAACGACCCGUGUGCGCGGCCGAAAAUUCUUCCAGCGGCCAGCCGAGAGCAUGCACGUACUCUCACUUGUUCCUUGUUGCAACGCGUGGUAACCGGCUGCAUCGAAAACGGGCCACACGUAUCCGCAAGGUGCCUGUAAACUAGACACGUGUAGUGGCCCUCAGAAAUUUUUUUUUUUUGCGCGCAGACUGGGGGGUGCUGGCUGUGAAUAAAGCCCUUGUU